AUGACAGUGAUCUUUAUUUUAAUAACUUGCGUUGUAUUGACUCUUUCAGCUUGCCCGUAUGGGAGCUUGUCUGUUUCUGGGGAAACUCGCUGCAAUAUUCCAAAAUACAUGGUUGACUCCAAAAUAUGCGCAAAUGACUGUCCAUCUCUUUUCGAACCAGAUCUGCUAAAUUGCCCUACAUGCUUUAAUUAUUGCGGCAAACCCAGAGAAGAAAACGCAAUUUUAUUUACUUUAGAGUUUUUUGGCCUUCAAGAAUUAAUGUCUAACUAUAUAGAGGAUUCAUCAGGUUCUGGCUUAAAAUUUAUAAAUCCAGAUGAUAUCCCGUAUAGCGACCCAUCGCAAAACUCCCCACUCCCCACAUUAGACCGUGGCUUUUAUUUUGCGACUUCAUCAGGGAUAAUUAGUGAUCGUAACCUUAUCCCUGGGCUUUAUUUUAUUUUGAAGCUAUGGAUAAAGCCUUUUGUAGAUGGAGACAUGCUAAAUGUCCAAAUCGGCCAAACUACAUAUAUAAGAAUAUGAGCGGACUUAGGAGCCUUUAAGCUGAGCGCAUUAGUUUUAGACUCAAAUGGAUUUCAAGCUCAAGUUGUUGAGUCAAGCACUAUUUCUUAUUACUCAUCUUGGCAUUAUGUUUCAAUAUAUAUUAACCAGAUUUCAUGUGAUACAGGCUCAAUUAAUUUUGAAAUAAAUAAGCAAGAAGCUGGUACAACUAUUUUAAGUGGCUAUGAAAUAAAUUUUCCAAGUGGGGCUUAUACAUGGACUUUGGGAAAUACAGGUGGAAGGAAUUCAUUUAGGGGGUUUAUUUAUUGGCUUCAAGCAAGAGCUGAUAAUGAUGCAAGCUAUCCAGCUAUAACUCCUAUUGUUGAUUGUGUUGACAAACAAUACUGAGAUGGGGCGUUAUGCCAAGAUUGCGAUAUUAAUUGUCCAACUUGGCCUUGGUGCAUUAGAGGAAGUGACUGCAAAUAUUGCCAUAUUGAAGAUUGUAGUGUUUGUACAGGGUAUUCUGCUAAUUCAUGCACUUCAUGCUAUACAGGAAUUCCUCCACUAUGCUGUGAUCACUUAGGAAGAGAAUGUUCUCAGACUUGGACAAAUACAUUGUGCAGUAAUGGGGUGCCCAAUGAGGGGGUUUGCCUAUAUGAGACUCCAUAUGGGUGGUGGAACUGUGGAGGCUCUUCUUGUUUUGAAGUUUUAGCAGCUGAUUUUAAUGGCCCUUUUCAAGGAAUUUAUUCUUCAGCUCUAGUUACAGGCAGCAACUCUACAACCUAUAAUUACUGGAACUUUCCAGAAGCGUCUGAUCCAUUUCCAGCAAAAAAUCGAGGCCUUUAUUUUAACUCUAGCCAAUUUUUGAGCGGGUCUAUAAAUUUGUCAAAUACUUGGAGCAUAGGCAUAUGGGUCUAUGCUAUUUCUGGGACUAUAAUUAGUGAUAGUACUAAUACACUUAUUAUAAAAGCUAAUGGGACUAUUAACUUUGGCUUAGAAAAAUGAGAUGGAACAGCUUCUAGCUAUUCUGUAUCAAUACCUUUGGCUCCCAGUUUAUGAAGCUACAUUUCUUAUUCAAUUGGGUUUUCAAAUAAAGCUACAACCUUAACACCAUUUAUAAAUAAUAAUGCUGGCACUGCAGUUACUAUCAUAAACUUCGUUUUUAGAUUACCAAGCGGCCAAAAAUUGUACAUCGGUAAAGGCUUUCCAAAUUUUAAAGGGUUUAUUAGUUAUUUUCAGUUAUGAGGGAUAACUAUUGCAGAAUUUUCUACCCCUUAUAAUUUAUAUGGGUUUACAAAUGGCGUGGUAUCAGCUUUAUGGCCUUGUGAUUUUUCUCAUUAUUACGAUGGAAACACAUGCAAGCCAUGCUCAGACUCAUACACGAUGGGUUGUACUAGAGAAGCAUCUUGCCGCAUUUUUGAUGAUUUUUUAUGCUCUCAGUGCUCGUCAUUUUUAUAGUAAUUGCCCGAGGAUGGCGCUAUCUUACGCCAUCCUCGGGCAAUUCAAAAAAUGGCCCCAAACCGGGAAUUGAACCCACGUGUGGGGCCAUUUUUGGUAUGUGGAGAACAUCGACUUCCACGCACCAAAAUGGCCCCACACGUGGGUUCAAUUCCCGGUGUGGGGCCAUUUUUUAAAUUGCCUUAGGAUGGCGCAAGAUAGCGCCAUCCUCGGGCAAUUACAAUAGCAAACACUUGCACUUAUUGUAUUUCUAACGCUUUUGGGUCUCCAUGUAAGCUCUAUUCUGGAGAGCACCAGCCUCCAAAUAAAGCUUUUUAUAGCUCAUCAGCACACUUAGGCUGUUUAGAAUGAUGGCUUAAAAGCACCAUUUAUCAAUUUCCUAAAUUGUAGAAAUUCUGGAUUAUUUUUAUAUGAAAAAGCUUGCCAAAUCAUUUUUUGGGAUUAUAAUUGAUAUUUAUGAAAAAAAACAACAAUUUCAUACCGAUCUAAAUGAGUGGGUAAGCUAUACUCUGUCUGCUAUACUGGAUGUGCUACAUGCACAGAUUCUCUAUAUUCUUCAUGUACUUCCUGCAACCUUGGCUAUUUUUUAUAUAAUGGCAUGAUGUGUCUAAUAAACUGUCCUACAGGGUAUAUAGAGGAUUCUUCUACGAAUGCCUGCAUUUUUUCAUCCAGUGUCGGAUUGAGUUUAAAUUUUUAUGAUGAAAUAAAGCUUGAUUCAAUUUCAGGAGCUCAGGUAGGGCUUACCAAUAACACUUAUCCAAUCUAUGAUACUAGAGAUCCAUAUCCACAGUAUCAGCAAGGCUACUAUUUUAAAUCUACUAGCUCUAUUACAGCUAACACUGUAAUUGGUCCAUAUUUUACAAUAUCUCUAUGAAUAUAA